AUGGGAUCUGGGGUUUUCUCAGCCUCUUUGCUCAUUCUCAUGCUCCUUUUCUCCACCACACCACCAAUCCUAGCAUGCGAUUACUGCAACCAACCACCACAACACUCCACCCCACCUUCCCACAACAACAAAAACCCUAAACCUAGAAACCCAUCUCCCCAUUUCACCAAACCACCCAUUACUGGUCCCCCUAGAAGCCAUUACCCACCUUAUUACAACCCUAACCCUAACCCAAACCCAAACCCAAACCCAAACCCGAACCCCCCUACUUAUGAAUACCCACCUUAUAUAGGCACCCCUCCAGUUAUAAUUACCCCACCCACCCCCCCAACAUGCCCUAUAGAUGCCCUAAAGCUGGGGGCCUGUGUGGAUGUUUUGGGAGGCCUGGUGCAUGUUGGGUUGGGUGACCCAGUUGCCAACACAUGUUGCCCAGUACUUCAAGGCCUUCUGGAGCUGGAGGCUGCUGUGUGCUUGUGCAUGAAUAUAAGGCUUAAGGUCCUCAAUCUAAGCAUAUUUAUUCCUCUAGCACUUCAAGUGCUUGUCACUUGUGGGAUGAAGCCUCCUGAGGGUUUUGUGUGCCCACAAGUCUAG